UGGUACAGUGGAGGAACAUUAUUACUGUAGCACUGUUUCCGUCCGGAGCAAAUUUCACGGUGCACAGCGUCGACCAAACGAUUUCCAACGACACGAAACAUCGACAACUAGCAGCCGAGGGCUUCGUUGGUAAAUACAGCAUCCCGCUUCAAACGAAACACUACGAGAUGUUCUGAACAUGUGAAAAUCUCACGAAGCAGUCAAAAGCGAAGGUCAGUAUUAAUGUUGCUCAGUGUGUAUCAGUCAGACAAAUAAUCUAGGAAGUCUUCCACAAAGCUGACAUGGCCUCCAGCGACAGUAUGGACAUGGAUCCAGAUGUUGCUCGGAGGCUGUUUGAGGAGGGAGCCACCCUGGUGCUAAUGGGGGUUCCUCAGGGUACCGAGCUAGGGAUUGACUGCAAGAGUUGGAUGGUCGGCCCCCGCUUCAAGGGUGUGAAGAUGAUCCCCCCAGGUCUGCACUUCCUCCACUACUGCUCUGUGAACUCGCCAGGCUGUGGAGGAGAAAUUGGCCCAAAGACAGGACUUUUCCUCGAUCUCAAACCCAGACAAAUCCUAUUGGCUAGUUGGGAUCCCAAAGAAGAAGAUCUGGACUUCAAAGCCUCAAAGGAUGAGGAAGAGGUGAACCGGAUCAGGGCGAACCUGCGAGACCUGGAUCCUUUCCUGGGGCCCUAUCCUUAUGAGGUGAUGAGGAAGUGGGUGUCCCUCACUGACCGUCUGAGCGAGGAGGUGGCCGUUAAUUUACAGCCUCUUUCAGGUCGAGUAUGUGCCUUUAGUGAUGUCAUUCCAGAGAUCCAAAUGAGACACACCAAAGACAGGGCAGAGCAGCCGAGGAACGACACAGCCUGUCAGAGUAUGAAAGAAGGGCUUGACCGGCUCCCACGAAUGAAGCAGAGGGAGGGGACAGAGUUACGCUUCUCUGUUAUCCCAGAGAAGACUUACCCACCGGGGGCCACACCAGCAGAAAUCACCAGGUGCAGCAUGGACCUGAGCUACGCCUUGGAGACUGUGCUUGAGAACAACCACAAACUGGAGCCCCUCAAUCUGCUGGGUGAGCUGCAGUUUGCCUUUGUGUGCUUCAUCAUCGGAAAUGUGUACGAGGGUUUUGAGCACUGGAAGCUUCUUCUGUCCCUGCUGUGUCGAUCAGAGGAGACUAUGAGGAAGCGUAAGGAUCUGUACCUGGGGCUCAUCGCAGUGCUUUACCACCAGCUCGGGGAAAUCCCUCCUGACUUCUUUGUUGACAUCGUUUCUCAGGACAACUUCCUUACCUCCACACUGCAGGACUUUUUCCAGUUUGCCAGCGGUCCUGGUGUAGAUGGAACUCUGCGUAAGAGAGCAGAGAAGUUCAAAGCUCACCUGACCAAGAAGUUUCGCUGGGACUUUGAUGCAGAUUUAGACGACUGUGCUCCUGUGGUGGUGGACCUGCCUGAAGGUGUUGCAGUGGACUGACACUUUGUGGGAACUAGAAACACUCUGGAAAAAAUAUUACACUGGAGGAGAGCAGUGAAGCCUGCUAUGUAACUCCAGGAGACUUAACAAUCUGGCUGCUGCAGUCCAACAUGUCUUCAAAUGAACACACUCUUAGUUUCAGUAACACCAGUAGCUCUCCAGAAGUGUGUUUUGGGUAUUACAUGUGGUCUUUGCAACAUCUUAUCAUAAAUUUGAACGCUUCAGAUCCGUGUUAAAGAAAGCAAAGAUGUUGUCAAUGUUGCCCCAAGUCUUCACUCACAGCAUUUCUGCUGCAUGGUAUAUGACAGCAGUGCCCUCUGGUGGUGGUUUCCUCAAAGUUGUGUUGCUUGAUUGUCACAUUUAUUGCCAAAAUUAAACAUUUUUAACCUUACUUAAGUUAGUAAACAAGUUUGAUAUAGGUGGUAUCAAAUAAAUAGAAUAAAUAAAUAGUUGAUGACAUUUAACUGUAACUGCUGCCAAAUCUUACAAUACUGCUGUGUACAUCCAAAAGAAAACAAAAGUUUAGUUGAGGCACUGUAGUUGCUCUUAUAUAUUAAAAAAAGAGAGAUUUUUUAUGUUUAGCCACUUUUGUUUUCACACUUAAGAACAUGAAAAAGCCCUGAUUUGCAAUUGUAAAUCCCCCUUCAAUAAAAAACACUUUUGAUACAA